GGAUCCGCCCAGCCAGGCGUCACAGCUCCGACAAGAUGGCCGAGAGUACAGGACGAAAGUGAGGGAGGAAACAAAAACACUGGCGAGCUAUCCUUGCCGCAAAUGCCAGACCUGUAGAGCUGCCGAAGACAAGUUAGUGCAAAGAUAAAAAGCUGGGUCAUCGGUUUGUUCAAGACUCCAUUCUGUGGGUGACAUUUUCGAUAUGCAGACCAAUCGUGCUCCAAGCCAGCCCGCUGACAGAACGUUUGUCAGGUUGUCUGCGUUAGCUAGCUAGCUAGCGAGCUAACCAUGUUAGCUAGCUGACAACACCGUUUGCGAGAGAAUACGCGUUGAGAAAGUGACAGUGGGGUAAUUUUGUUAUAAUUAGUUGUUGCUACUUCUUCGUUUCUGACAGCUACAAUUUGUUUCAGCAGCAUUACUUCCCUGAGUGGGAAAUCGGAUUUAACGCACUAGUUGACGCUUAGCCAGCGGGUUAGCAAACUAACAUUGCGGAUUUCUUGCUUGCAGCUUCGGAGUUAGCAUUAGCAGACGGCUGUUAGCUUGCUCAGCUGUUUUGGGUGACUUGGGGUUGUUCCGACACAGGAGAGGUACACCAGCGUGUGUGGAAGGACAUUUUCUCUCUGCAUAAAAGUACCUGGGACGGCUCUCAGUAGGCCCGUGUGACCAGGAGCCCUGGAAGCUUGCUAACAUUAACGGCACCACAGCCGGGACUGUAAACAAGUGAAGCCGAGGACAGCUCAGCCCUGCGUUUUUGGACGAGGCGCAUAUCCAGGCAGCAUCACCAUGGCUCAUUCUCCAGUUCAGGGUAACCUGCCGGGGAUGCAGAACGCCAAAGCUGACCCAGAGGAGCUGUUCACCAAGCUGGAGCGCAUUGGCAAGGGCUCGUUUGGCGAGGUGUUCAAAGGCAUCGACAAUCGCACACAGAAAGUGGUGGCCAUCAAGAUCAUUGACCUGGAGGAAGCGGAAGACGAGAUUGAAGACAUUCAGCAGGAGAUCACAGUGUUGAGCCAGUGCGACAGCCCCUUUGUCACCAAGUACUACGGCUCAUACCUGAAGGACACAAAGUUAUGGAUCAUUAUGGAGUAUUUAGGUGGAGGCUCAGCAUUAGAUUUGAUGGAGCCUGGAGCUCUGGAUGAGACCCAGAUCGCCACGAUUCUUAGAGAAAUCCUCAAGGGCCUGGAGUAUCUGCACUCUGAGAAGAAGAUCCACAGGGACAUCAAAGCUGCCAACGUGCUUCUGUCCGAGCAAGGAGAGGUGAAGCUGGCAGAUUUCGGUGUGGCGGGACAGCUCACCGACACUCAGAUCAAACGCAACACCUUUGUAGGCACGCCCUUCUGGAUGGCCCCUGAGGUCAUCAAACAGUCAGCUUAUGACUCCAAGGCUGAUAUCUGGUCUCUGGGCAUCACAGCCAUCGAGCUGGCAAAAGGUGAGCCGCCCCAUUCAGACCUCCACCCUAUGAAGGUUUUAUUCCUCAUCCCAAAGAACAACCCGCCCACACUGGAGGGCAACUACAGCAAACCGCUCAAGGAGUUUGUCGAGGCCUGUCUCAACAAAGAGCCCAGUUUUAGGCCGACUGCCAAAGAGCUGUUGAAGCAUAAGCUGAUCGUCCGCCAUGCGAAAAAAACCUCCUACUUGACUGAGCUGGUGGACAAGUACAAGAGGUGGAAGGCAGAACAGUCAAGAACCACAGAGUCAAGUUCUGAUGAGUCUGACUCAGAGCAAGAUGGCCAGGCAUCGGGCGGGAACGACUUUGGCAGUGACGACUGGAUCUUCACCAUCCGAGAGAAGGACCCCAAGAAGCUACAGAAUGGGGAGGGACAGUCGGGGGCAACAGACCAGACAAAAGACAUUCCAAAGAGGCCUUAUUCACAGAGCCUGGCCACUGUCAUCUCUCCUGCAUUAGCUGAGCUGAAGGCGAGACAGGAGCAGGUGAAUGGAAACCCCAUGGUCCUGGAUGAGCUGAGGCAGGCCAUCCUGCUGGCUGAGGAGGCCUAUCCUGGCAUCUCCGAUUCCCUGGUGGCUCACAUGGUCCACAGGCUCCAGAGUUUCUCCACAGGUAGGACGUCCUCCUCCACCCCCUAGUAAUUGGCUCUCUGCCCCAGCCCUGCUCUCCCAUGCCCCCACCCCCCAACACCACAGCCAGGUCAGAGGGUUAAAAGUCAGGGGUCAAGUCAUUCAAUACCAGCUGACCGCGUUUGACCUCCCGUGUGGGGGGGGGGCUAAUCUAGCCUGUAAAAAUUACUGAACUCCAAAGCGGAGCUACUUUCGAGAGGAUAAAUACAGGGGGCAGCAGAGCCCAUGGAAUCGGCUGUGAUGGGACAAGACUCAAAGUCAGAGCAAGCCCACCAGUAAAACAGCAACAGCCAAGUCAGACUCUGGGCUCUGUAUACGCAAGACUUCCAAAGCCUCACACCAUGGAGUCUCUACAUGGAAUUUGUUCGACGAGGAGCCGAAAAUCUCCCCCAAAAUCCUAGACAAGACUUCAGUCCCCCUCUUAAUGCAGGCGUCAUAUCCCCAGAACCUCUGAAAGCAUGCUUGAUGAACCUGCAGGGAUAUUAUCUUAGUGUGCAAGCUGCGUGUGUGCGUGCUUAAAUGCACAACAUGUGUGUGGGCACCUCUGCGAGCGUGUGUGUGUGUGUGUGUGUGUGUGUGUGUGUGCGUGUGCGUGUGUGUGCACGUGUGCUCUUGCGUAUGUAAGACUCCCUGUUAAGGCAAAUUGCAGCAUUCUUAAUGAAACCUCAGGUAAAGUGCUUUAAGUGGACUUUGUCCUCCGAGGCAGUGGGAGGAGGAGGAGGAGGAGGAGGGGGUAGGGGCGUCGCCAAGCUGUACAUGAUUACAAGUUGUCAUUGCGGGAAAUGAAUCACUGUGUACAAAAUGGUCAUGCGCAUUUUGUAGAUACUGAUAAUGUUAAAAAGUAGAUAUUUAAAGAUUUCAAAAGUUACUCCAACAGAAAGAACAGAAAAUGCCUUGCCUUUUUGAGAUACACACAUCUACGUUCUGGCAUUUCAUCUGAGAUUUAGUUUCUUUUACUUGUCGGUGAAUGAUAUUCAGUUCAGUAUUCAUCAGUGUUCUCCUUAUAAAUGACUGAGUUCCAAUCUUCCAUUUCAAUCACCUGCUGAAUCACCGAACUAACUAUGAUACUAAGCUUAUUUGUUUAGAGGCAGAAGCUUUUCCUUUGUUUUUGUAGUCAGGGGAGAAGCUGCUGCUUGUACUUACGUUUAGACAAUUUAAGUCAGUUUUGAAAUUGUUUAGGACAAGAAUGGAGGUAGAUCUGUGUUGGCAGCGGCUCUUAAAUAACAGUAUUGAGUGGAGCUGAGGACAAUUACAAGGGGAAACCACUGAGCGUGGUUGAUUGCUGAUAUUAUGUGAAGUAUUAUUUUUCCUUGGCUUGUAAUUUAUCCUUAGCGUUACUUUAAAAGUGGAGGCGAGGAAAAACUGGCAAGGACCAUCACAGGCAAUCCCAUCAUGAUACGUGCUCAUGGCCAAACUAAGCUGCAGACCAGGACGAGCCAAGCUGCAGACAUCAACGCCAUCCUUAUUUCCUCACUCCAGACAUUUCUGUUCUCACUUCCACACCACGCUAGAAGUGCCAUGUCCUCUUUUAUGCUCUCACCAGAUGUUUGUAGUAUGAUUUGCACCUUUUUGUUUUUGUUUUUUUAAUUUUCAGAUCAGUUUUUUGCACUUUGAAAGUGUGUCGAGUAUUUAAAGAAACACGUAAGAGGAAAAAAAAAAAAAAAGAAAAAAGUCGCUAAUAGCCAUGUUUUACUAUAUAUGUUUACUUAAGAGUUCCAGAAUUUACUACUGUGCUAAUGCAGCAAUAAUGUUGAGGAGUUGCAUCAAGACGCACUUGUCAACACAGGGAUUGAAAGAAAUAAAGAAAUAUCUGAUAUUUUUAUAACGGCAAAGAGUUAAGUAUGGAAAUAUGGAAUGCUUUAUGGAUACGGGCACCUGCCUCGGGCAAAAAAAAAAUAUCUAUACCUUACAGAAAAACAUAUGCUACGGAAAUAACUACAAAAUGUGUACAUUUGGUCUCCUUUAUCAUAGCUGACAGUUUAUAGUACUGUAUAUAAUCUUUGCUUGUGUCAUUUGAGAAUUCCCAAGUUAAAUGUAAGCUCCUUGUAAGCUUUCAAAGUGACAUGAGAAAUAAAGAUCUAAUGCU